GGGAGGUGGGAGUCAGAAGCAACCAAUUCAGUUAAGUCAAAGAAGCCAGACAAAGCUCUAUGCCAUUCAAGGGCAGGAGUAAGUGGGAAUUCUCCCAAAGUGGGGCAGUGAGGAUCAGAUGUGGGAGAAUUUGCUUCUCUGAGAAGGAGGGGCCAAGAGUGGGCUGAGGUCGUGGAUGGUGUCCAGCAGAAAAGAGAAGCACAAAGUGCUCUUCCAUCCAUGAUGUGCCUGCCCAGUUUUAGGGAAAGUCUCCCACAAAGACUAGGGGAAAAAAUACAAGGCUAAGGAAAAUGGGGGUAGCCAAGUAAAGCCAGAGAUAACCUGUUCUUGCUCUGUUCCAUCCUCCAACAUUCCCUGCCAGGUCUUAGGAAUCAUGGCUCCUGUAUUUCGAAACACCACUCAAGCUUUGGUACGGCAACUGGAUCCAACAGGGGACCUGAUUGCCACAAGCAGCAUCAUUGAUGUCUCACGUUUCCGGCCUUUCUGCUUGGUGCGGAGGAAGAGGAAGGGUACACUCUUUUGGGGAGCCCAAUAUGUCAAGACAGAUCUCUCUCUCAGAGAUAUGCUGGAGCCAGGAAUUAAGCUGCCAGCACCAAGAAAAGACACAAAGAUCACAAUUCAGGGGAACAGUGAAGGAAAUAUGCAGGCUGGAGUGAAGACAGAAGCCAUUGGAAUACCCGUAAAUAUCACUGUGUCUGCUGGUGGCUCCCAUAAAAAUUCCUUGGAGAUUCAGAAGCUCAGCAUUCUGAAUGAAUUGGAAUCCUUAAAGAAAUGGAAACUGAAAAAGCCAGAACCAUCCUUCCUGAAGAAGCUUCGGGAGCGUGGAGAGAAUCUGUAUAUGGUGACAGAGGCAGUGGAGACGCUGAAGGAUGCCAAGCUGCAGCAGGGGAAGAAAGCUGGAGCAGACAUUUCUAUACCUCUCCUCACAGCCAUGGGGCUCAAGGGUUCCUUUAGCUUCAGUACCAUCAUCCAUGUCUCUCUGGGCUCCAUCCUAGCCUUCCGACUAAGGCAGCUUGUCAUUGGAGAGAAAAAUUGGGACAUCUCCUAUCUCAAAGAUAAAAAGCUGAAAACUUUCACCUCCACUGAAGGAACUAGUCCCAAUCACUAUGUUUCCAAAGUAGGGUUACGGGCUGAGCCUCCCUCCAAAGAGCUCAGGGGAUUCGAGGCACUUCAGGCCGAGGUGGAGGCAGAGCCCAUUUUGAAGAUCCUGACGCUGGAACAAAGUGCACUUCUAUUGAAGGCUCUCCUUUGGCUUCUGGGCCAGGCCAAAGCUCUGCAAGAGUUGGAGGACCCGAUGAACCGAGCAUUGGACCUUGAGGAGCCAGUGAUCCAAGGAUUCCUGGGAGGUCCUGGGGAUAUCAUUCUAGCCAAGCUGCAAGAUAUCUCAGGAAAACUCAACCCCAUCCUAGCUGGGAGUUUUCUCUACCUGUUAGGAGCACUCCAAGAGCUGAGUGAAGAGCAACAACAACUGCUGGCCAUGUCAGUGGAGAAGAGGAUCCUUUCCCAACAGCUGGAGCUGAUGAAGACCAUCCUGGACCAGAAUUUCAUUCAAACUGAAGCGGGACCAUUCCGUCUUCAUUGUGAGCUCCUCCAGAGCUUCCAAGGCGAGGAACUGACUGUGACCCAGGCCCUGAUAGGUCUCUGUGGCCUCAAUCUACAGGGUGAUGGUCCCCUUUUUGCCUGGGAGCCUGAUGCCCUGCCUCCCCUCUGCGCCCUCUAUGCUGCCCUCUCUGUUUUUCAAGUAUUAUCUAGAAACUCUUGGUUUGGCAGUCCUUUCACCCAAGUUCAUAAUACCUUGACACACUCAGGAAUAGGAAAAGGAGAGUGGAACUCAGGGACCAACCUUGGGGGGAUAAGGAAAAUGGAAUGGGACUUGGGGAACUGGAGGGAAGAGAGAAUCCGCCCUCCAUUCCCUGAGCUCAGCCUAGAUCUUGAAAAGUUCCACCUGGGGUCCACUUUGCAAGAUAAGGGCUUAGGGGACCUGGCUUCCCCACAGAGUAUGAAACUCAGGGCCUCCAAAGAAUCAGAGAGUUUUUCUUCAGUUAACCAAGAAAUGGAAGAGAAUGUCAGCUCCCACACCAACUUGCUUAGUAAGGGGUUUGGCAAAGCUGGGAUGUUUCAGGGGAGAGAGACCCUAGAACUUUUGCCUGCAAGGGAAAACAUAAGGUCCUCAGUGUUUGGUCUAGAUGGUGACAAAGGCUUCUUCACCCAUUCAAACCUGCUGAUGAAGGGGGGUCAGAGCCCAAAGAUGACAGCCAUGAAGGCUGAGACAGCAAUGGCUGCCGAGUUUGAUCUCCAUGCUCAGUCUCUACAGGUUGAACACCAUCUGCUAAGACAGAGGUUUCACAGCAGCUUGGCUUCUAAAAUGGAUUUUGGGAUGGGGGGAAGACCCUUAAAAUUCUUCUAGAGACUGAGGUGAGAGUUAUAAGAGCUAUUGUCCAAGAAACAAAUUAUAGAGGGAUGUUUGAGGGAUAGCUCUGAAUCAGAAACCUGGAGGGAGAUGUGGGUGGGGAAGGCCUCCUCUUUACCUAAAAAAUCCAAUUUCCUAAAGAAAGCGCCAAAUUCACAUAAAUCCUAUGGAGAUCUUACUCCUUUCUGUGUUAUUUCUUCAGUCAAUUAGCAUUUAUUAAGCACCUACUGGGUUCCAGGCACUGUGCUAAGGUUUAGGAAAAUAAUGAAAUAAAAGAUAGUCCCUGAUUUCAGAGCUUACAAUCUACUGGGGUAGACAACAUGCAAAGAACUAGGUACAAAGAAAGCCCAAUCCCAAUUAUAAUCAUCUCUUUGGAUUUUGGUGAGAAGUGAUCUCUAAUUGCCAUUUUCCCCAAAUGUUUCUCUCACCUCACCUGACAAAUGGAAAUCCUCCCGUUUCCCUUUCCCCCCAGAAAGAUGAACACGUAUAAGAGUAAAGUUUCUCAGGGUGCCACUGCUGCCACCUGCUGGGUACCCAUUUUUAUUUGGGUCAAUGUUGAGAACCUUCCCUAAGCUCUUGGUUUUUUCCUCUCAUUUUUUUCCUUUUUAUCUUUAUUAUGAGGGAGCAGAAACAAACAAAUAAAUGAGAAAUUGCC